CCGCGCCGCGCUUCCGGCCGCGCCUGCGCACUCGGCCCCGCCGCGACCUGCCCGCUGCCGGUGCGCCAGCCGUGUCCCGUGUGUGCGACCCACCACUCCUCACCAUGUACGCGUGUGCAAAGUUCGUCUCCGCUCCUGCGCUAGUGAGGAAGAGCUCGCGGGUGCUGUGCCGGCCCCUCUCUGCCUCCGUGCUGAACAGCCCCGAGACCCGGACAGAGCAGGCGCGGCAGGUCGCCCAGAGCCAGCUCUCCUGCCGGGGCAUCCGGACCAGCGCGGCCUGCCGCGACAUCGACACCGCCGCCAAGUUCAUCGGCGCCGGCGCCGCCACCGUCGGGGUGGCCGGCUCCGGCGCCGGCAUCGGCACCGUCUUCGGCAGCCUCAUCAUCGGCUACGCCAGGAACCCGUCCCUCAAACAGCAGCUUUUCUCCUACGCCAUCCUGGGCUUUGCCCUCUCCGAAGCCAUGGGGCUCUUCUGCCUCAUGGUGGCCUUCCUCAUCCUCUUCGCCAUGUGAUGGAGCCGGCACCCACGCUUGUCCAGUCCCAAGCGCAGCCGCGAACGUCGUGCGCGGGGCAGGGGAGAGCCCCGCGCCCAACCCCGUCGCCCCGCUGUCAGGAGGGGAAUAAAUACGGUUUGAGAACA